ACAUGACUUCGUGACCGUAUUACAACAUUAAGAUAACAAUAUAAACUAAAAGAACAUGUAAAACAAUAAAAACAAAUACCAAAUUACAGUCCAGCCCGAACAAGUGAUAUAAAAUAUUUAUUUUAAGUCGAAACAAAUGAUUUGAAAAAUAAAAUAGUCGUAGCCUGCGUGGAAAUGGCGCCAAAAGCUAAAGAAUGUCCUAGACCAAUUAGUGAUGGAGUACUUGCCGGGAUGGUUGCAACUGUAGUCACCCAUCCGUUAGACGUGUUAAAAGUCCGUCUGCAAGUGUCUCCCGCGCGCUGUACCACGCUCCACCUCGCUAUUCUACUGGUCAAAUACGAGGGUUUCCGCGGCCUCUCUUGCGGUCUCACUGCAGGGCUCCUGAGGCAGGCCACGUAUACCGCCACCCGGCUGUCUGUUUAUGAUAUGCUGUAUCGUAAUUAUAUGAGGGACAAUGCCAGGGGCCCAUCAAGAACAGAUAAACUCUGGUUUGGUAUAUAUUCCGGCUUGUGCGGGGGGCUGGUGGGCAACCCUAGCGAGCUGGUGUUAGUUCGUCGGAUCGUCGAGGGUUGCCAACGCACGCCUCCACCAGGCGUCACCUGCUGCCGCUGCCCAUGCAGUUACUUUGGAACCAUUGACGCCUUUAAAAAAAUAAUUUGCGUGGACGGAUUCAGUGGAUUGUUGCGCGGAGCGACCCUCACACUUCUAAGAUCUGUGGUCCUCAGUACCGUUUAUGUCGGGGGCUAUGAUCGGAUUAUUGAUUACGUGAAAUGUCAAACAAAAGAAAAAGACCCGUUUAUCGUGCGCGUGAGCGCUGCGAUUGCUAUGAGCUUCAUCGCCGCAGUUUUGUCCAGCCCCAUUGAUGUUGUCAAAACAUUUUACCAAGCAUCAAGAUGUGAUGAUGAAACAUACAAAGAAACAUUACAAUAUAUAAUCCGCUGCAGAGGAUAUCGUGCACUUUGGAAGGGAUUCGCACCAUAUUUUACAAGAAUGGCGAUUCAUACCAUUGUGGCAUUUAUAGUUUUGGACAGAUUGGCUGAUAACGCAGUUAAAUAAGUUAAUGGUGGCCACUUGUGUUACCCAUCCUUUAGACGUUCUCAAAAUCCGUAUGCAGAUUUCCCCAGCGCGCUUGAGCACACUGUAUAUGGCCUCGGCGCUGGCUAAAUACGAAGGUUGCCAGGCCUUCACCUGCGGCCUCGGCGCAGGGCUCCUGAGGCAGGCCACGAACACCGCCGCUAGGCUGUCUGUGUAUGACAUGCUGUAUUGUAAAUAUGUUAAAGAAAACUGUGCGCGCCCGCAAGGUUACGACAAAUUGAAGCUUGGCAUAGGUGCUGGCUUGUGCGGAGCGUUCUUGGGCGUUCCUAGCGAGCUGGUACUAGUUCGACGGAUAAUCGAGGGUUGUCCACCCUGCCCCCCCAGAUGCGCAGUCUGUUGUCGGCAACAAUGCACUUACUUCGGAACCAGUGACGCUCUAAGGAAAAUAAUUUGCAGAGAAGGAUUUACUGGCCUGUGGCGUGGGACCGCUCUUACGCUUUUGAGAUCUGUUAUUCUUAGCACCGUCUAUGUUGGGAGCUGCGGAGAGAUCCAAGAUUUCGUGAGAAGAUAUAUCAUGCAAACAUGCGAAAAAAAACCUGUUAACCUGCGUGUGUACACUGCGAUUGCAAUGAGCCUCAUUGCCGCAGCUUUGACUAGCCCCAUAGAUGUUGUUAAAACAUUUUAUCAAGCAUCAAGAUCGAAAUUUGUGACGCAUAGUUUGACAAUACAAUGUCUACUUCGCAACAGAGGAUAUCGAGGACUUUGGAAAGGAUUCACCCCCUACUUUUUAAGAAUGACAAUACAUACAAUAGUGUUUUUUAUAGUUUUGGACAGUCUGGAAAACAUGUAGCUUGUAACUGGAAAAUCCCGACUCUUUUUCCGGAAUUUCGGGACUAAUUUUUCGUAUACCGGAAUCCUGGCUGGUGCUAUGUUUAUACAUUAUUGUAGCUUUUAAAUUUCCAUUUUGUUCACAAAUUGUUAUUCACUACAAGUCUGCGGCAAAAUUUACUUUGACACAAAAAAAUCGAUUUCUGUCAAAAAAUUGUAACAAUGUACGUAGAAAGUAAACUAAGAGAAAUAACAAAAUAAAAUGUUGCCUAGAAAUUUCAA